UUCAACAUUUUCCAGUUAAAUAAAUGCACAGUACCUUCGCAUUCAUGGACUGAUUAUAAUUUGUGGAAAUUUGUGUUUACAACUUAUACUUAUGGAAACAACUUGAGCGAUACCCGAGAACAUCUGCCAAGAUUUUAUUCGUAAGAAUUAUUCGUCUCUCUCUGUGUCAGUAUAAAAUUAAAUGAGCUAGGCUUUUCUUUAAAAUACGAGAGAUACGUCAUUUUAGCCAUAGAGUAUGUUUAAUAUAUUAAAUGUCAUUCUGAAGUCAAACAACUUUUAAAAAACAUCCAGCUACAAAGACAGAUUAAGGAACUAAAACAAUUUUUUUUUUUAAAAAUCAGUCUUUUAAUUAGGGGUGUUUUUACGUUUUUUUUUUUUCUUUAUAAAAAAUUUGAACGAUAACAACGCAUAACUCAACUGGACCAAGGUGAAGUUUCUGACUAUCGCUAUCCAUGGUGCUGAAAAUCCUGUUUCAAGGAUGUGUAGUUGUAACUCAUAUAACGAACCAGGAAUCGGAACGUGUUCUUAGCAACAAUUGUAACGAUACAGAGUAAACAUUUAAUAUUCCUACAUGAUGAGAAUACAACAAAAGAAGCAUUGGGUUGGUAUUACCCCAGGGUACUCAUUUUACUUAUUUUUAACUAAUGCAAUACUAGUGUGUUGUCUGCAGUUAGACUUUUGGUCAUGUGGUGUCAGUAUAAUGGAAGCAAAGUCAGGAUUAGUCGUUUGUCGUUACUGUGUGUAUGUUUUAGAUGCUUGGACUCAUAAUUUAAGCACACAAGAAGGAAUAGCCUCAGCCAGAGUAGCGUGUGAUUGAAGGUGAAGGUUUGUCUCUUUUCAACUAUCGAUCGCGUUUGGUCACAGAUUUACAGGCAGAUAGAUACAGAACAGUGUACCAUUUAGCUGGUACGCUAAUACUUCGUUUCACCGAAGAGAAACUCUUGGUCUCAUGGUGUCAGUACAACAUCACAAGUCAGCAGUGUGUGACGUUGUCUUAUUGUAAUGUGGUUCCUCCUCCUGAUAAAGCUCUCACUUCGACGUUACCGCAUUCUCUUCUGUUCUCAUUCUUCCCUGUAAUUGCGAUCAUUUUUUUUUUCCAAUGUAGGAAGAACAGGACUGUUUACAAUAGGGAAAAACACUGUGUUCUAUCACGACGUCGCGAUGUUUUCUGUGAUAGAUUUUUGAACAUUAAGGAUAAGACCAUGGAACAAAGAAAACGUGAACGAGAAAUAGCGAGAGGAUAUCUGUUUGGAUGUGCAGCUGCUGUGCUUUUGUGGACUGUAGCAUCAGCGCAAUUACGGUAUUCGAUCUCUGAAGAAGUUGAAGACGGAACUAUGGUUGGAAACAUAGCAAGAGAUCUGGGAUUAGAUAAAAACACGUUGAAAGACCGAAAGUAUCGGAUUGUUUCAAGUAAUGCGGAUCCCCUUUUCUAUGUGAAUCCAAACGACGGCGUUCUGUAUGUGAGCAGAAAGAUUGACAGAGAGGAGGUGUGUGCGCAGAGCAGUGCGUGUGUAAUAAAUGUCAAAACAGUGCUAGAAAACCCGCUGGAGGUCCAUUAUGUGGAAGUGGAGGUUGUAGAUAUAAAUGACCAUGAGCCCAUUUUCCACGAAAAAGACAAGAAAUUGGAGAUUUCAGAGUCAGUGUUGCCCGGAGCACGAAUCCAGCUAAAAGCUGCGCUUGAUCGAGACAUUGGUCAGUUUUCCGUGCAGCAGUAUAAACUUAGCAACAACGACCAUUUCCGUUUGGAAGUUAAGGAUAAAGGAGACGAUGGUAAAAUACCUAUUUUAGUUGUUCAAAAAUCUUUAGACAGAGAAAUAGCAGGAAGCCAUUCACUAAUACUGAGGGCCCUUGAUGGGGGCAAACCUCCGAAAUCAGGUGACAUGAAUAUCCUGGUAAAUGUUUUGGAUAUUAAUGAUAACGCACCUGCUUUCCCUAAACAUGAUUAUUCUUUUACACUCAGUGAAAAUAUUCCCCUCGGAACAAUAGUCGUACAAGUAAAUGCAACGGAUUUGGAUGAUGGGCCUAACGGAGAGAUAGUUUACUCAUUUAGCAACAGUAUGAAUCAAAAUAUAUUAAAUCUAUUUGACAUUAAUUCAAUGACAGGGGAAAUAACUGUUAAAAAUUUAAUAGAUUACGAAGAAAGGGACAAAUAUGAAAUAGAAAUCCAGGCAUCAGAUAAAGGUUUGGCUCCUCUUAGCACAGAAAAAAGCGUCAUAAUCAAGAUAGUUGAUGUAAAUGAUAACGCACCUGAGAUUGAGGUUACUUCGUUUUCAAAUUCCAUCCCUGAAGAUUCCAGGCCUGGAACUACAGUAGCUCUUAUUAGUAUAAAUGAUUUGGACUCUGGUCUUAACGGAAAAGUGAUCUGCAGUCUCAAUAAAAAUGUACCCUUCAGCCUGUCGCCAUCUUUACAGGACAAAAUGUUUUCAUUAGUGACCAAAUCCCCUCUGGACAGAGAGAAACAGUCACAAUAUGAGUUGACAAUAACGGCAAAAGACGCAGGUCAGCCACAGUUAUCAUCUCAGAAGACAAUAAGCGUUACGGUGUCCGAUGUGAAUGACAACAGUCCAGAGUUUUCACUGAGCCCAUAUACUUUCUAUGUUACUGAGGGGAACAAUCCAGGAGCUUCAGUUUUUUCUGUUAAAGCCUCUGAUCGUGAUGAGAAUGACAAUGCGCGCAUUUCCUAUCAUAUUAUCAGAGACGGAAGUGAAGAUAAUAAAUUCACUUCAUUUCUAAACAUAAACUCUGAAAAUGGCGACGUUUUAGCGCUGAAAAGUUUUGAUUUUGAAACGCUGAAAACUUUCCAGUUCCAAGUUGUUGCCUCAGAUUCUGGAACUCCGUCACUAAGCAACAAUGUCACAGUCAACGUCUUCAUCCUAGAUCAGAACGAUAAUGUUCCAGUCAUCCUGUAUCCACUCAGCUCCAACGGCUCUGCUCAAGGUGUGGAGGAGAUUCCCCGAAACGUCAACGCAGGACACUUGGUGACUAAAGUCAGAGCCUAUGACGCUGAUAUAGGAUAUAACGGCUGGUUGCUCUUUUCACUCCAGGAAGUUACUGACCACAGUCUCUUUGCUUUGGACCGCUAUACAGGACAGAUCAGAACACUUCGCUCAUUCACAGAGACAGACGAGGCUGAGCAUAAACUGGUAAUACUGGUCAAAGACAACGGCAACUUUUCUCUCUCAGCAACAGCUACUGUGAUUGUCAAACUUGUGGAGCCCAAAGAGGCUUUUGCAGCUUCUGAUGUUAAAAGUGCAGCAAAAGAUGAUGAGGACAGUAAUGUCAUAUUUUACCUCAUGAUAUCUUUGGGCGGAGUUUCUGUACUUUUUCUCGUCAGCAUCAUCGUGCUGAUUGCAAUGCAGUGCUCCAAAUCCACAGACUAUACUUCUAAAUAUCUGCCAGAGACUAAUUAUGAUGGGACACUGUGUCACAGCAUCCAGUACAGAUCAGGAGAGAAGCGGUACAUGCUAGUUGGACCCAGAAUGAGUAUAGGAUCUACUAUAAUUCCGGGCAGUCAUGCAAAUACUCUAGUGCUGCCUGAUAGGAGAAGGACAUCUGAAGAGGGGAAGCAUUGAGAUCUCUUAUUGACUCUGGACACCACAUCUUUAUCUUGUCUUGUGGCUUGACAGUAAGAGUUGUAGCCAAGUAUAAAACAAUUUUGCAUUAAACAGAUGUGAUAAAAACUGGACGAAUUCUCUGCUGUGAGACACCUGCUCGCAUGGUGUCAGUGCGAUAACAAAAAUCAGCAGCUCAAGCUGUUGUCGUCAUAACUUUGUAAUCCGUCCUCCUCACACCAGUCUCAGUACAACAUUAGCACGGUUUUUCUGUUCUUAUUCUAGUCUGCGUUUGCCUCAUUUUACCUGUUUAAAAAGGGAGUAUUUGUAAUCAGGUAACCCCUGGAGUCUUUUUUAAACGUCAAAAAACUAUUUGUGAUGGA